AUGAAUGGGUGGAUCAAGUCAUUACAAUGCAAAUCAAGAGCAUUUGAAGAUGUUUACCAUCCAUACCCGAAAAUCCUCUUACAAAGUGCUAGUUGUAGAAAAAGCCAUCAAAAUAUCAAAGAUAUCGUUGAUAUUCCAAAGCCAAAGCCCAAAAAACCCAAGUCCGUAACCACCGUCAAACCAGAAGCCCCCGCCAUGAGCCGUUCCCGGAGCACCGUGGUAACUAGUUCAUCUUCCCGUGCAAUCACCGAACUUCCCGAGGGACAUUCUUCACGGAACGUGGUUGAGAUUAUUUUCCAGACGAGUUGGGGUAACAAGGAGUUUCCGGGUCGGGUUGAAAUGAUAUUCAAGGUGGAAAACGGAGCACGGACAAUGUCGCGGUUUGAGGAGUUUCGUGAGGCGGUGAAAGCACGCGAUGGUUCUGCUGUGGGGUUAUCUGAGGGUAAGAAUUGGGAGGAGAAUGCGAGGUGUGUUGCUGAUGGAAAUGAAAUGAUGCAGUUUCAUUGUUUGGGCCCUGCUGAAGAUGGUGGAUCUCACGGUGGUUGGUCUUUCCCGGAGCGGAAGGGAUCGGCGAUUCGGACUUUUUCCGGGAGUGGUCAUGCUCAUGAGAAUGGCGGUGGAGGGGAGGGUAGAUGGGCAAUGCUGGUAUGUCGGGUUAUAGCGGGUCGGGUUUUGAAGCAACUCGGGUAUUUGGACUCGUUGUUGGAUAGGCGAGUGGGGUUUGACUCAGUGAGUGGGGAUAAUGGCGAGUUGUUGGUGUUUGACGCACGUGCCGUAUUGCCGUGUUUUCUUAUUAUUUACCGGUUGUAG